AUGGGGAAAUUCCGCGGCCAGCACUCCCGCCCACCGGACACCGACACCUCGCUCCGCCUCGCCGCCCCGCUCCAGUCAUGCGGCCGCGCCGGCGACCUCCGCCUCGGCCGCCGCCUCCACGCCCGUCUCGUGCUCUCCGGCGCCGCCGCCGCCUCCGCCUUCCUCACCAACCACCUCAUCACAAUGUACUCCCACUGCGCCGACGUCACGUCCGCGCUCCGCCUCUUCCACGCCAUGCCCCGCCCCAACCUCGUCUCCUGGACAACCCUCAUCUCCGGCCUCGCCCAGAACUCCAUGCACGCCGACGCGCUAGCCGCCUUCGCCUCCAUGCGCCGCGCGGGCCUCGCGCCCACGCAGUUCGCGCUCUCCAGUGCCGCGCGCGCCGCGGCCGCCCUCGCUGCCCCACGCCCCGGCGCGCAGCUGCACUGCAUCGGAGUCAGGCUCGGCUUCGACUCCGAGCUCUUCGUCGCGAGUAACCUCGCGGAUAUGUACUCCAAGUCCGGGCUCUUGGCUGAGGCGUGCAAGGUGUUUGACCAAAUGCCGCACAAGGAUGCUGUCGCGUGGACUGCCAUGAUCGAUGGGUACGCCAAGAACGGGAGCCUUGAGGAGGCCGCUCGAGCUUUCCGGGAUAUGAAACGAGAGGGACUGGUUCGGGCUGAUCAGCACGUGUUCUGCAGUGUCUUGAGUGCAUCGGGAGGGCUCAAAGAUGGGUGGCUUAGCCGAACCAUCCAUGGUAGUGUAAUGAAGGCAGGGUUUGAUCGGGAGGUUGCCGUGAGGAAUGCACUCACUGACAUGUACGCUAAGGCUGCGGAUAUGGAGGAUGCUGCUCGCGUGCUGAAGGUUGACCCUGAAGGUUGGACUGUUGUGUCGGCCACCUCGCUCAUCGAUGGCUACAUAGAGACUGACCGUGUUGAGGACGCCCUUCGGACGUUUAUUGAACUCCGGAGGCAAGGAGUCGAGCCCAAUGAAUUUACUUUCUCCAGCAUGAUCAAGGGCUGUGCUAUGCAGGCUCUGCUUGAGCAAGGUGCUCAGUUGCAUGCUCAAGUGAUCAAGACUAAUAUUAUCAGUGACUCCUUUGUUGGCUCCACCCUUUUGGAUAUGUAUGGUAAAUGUGGCCUCAUAAGUUUGUCCAGUCAGUUGUUUAAUGAGAUCGAACACCAUACUGAUAUUGCUUGGAAUGCGCUAAUCAAUGUAUUAGCACAACAUGGCCAUGGUAGGAAAGCAAUCCAAGCUUUCGAUAGGAUGACCUCUAGUGGUAUCAGGCCAAAUCACAUUACGUUUGUCAGCCUGCUUACAGCAUGCAGUCAUGCUGGGUUAGUGGAUGAAGGACUGAAAUAUUUUUAUUCCAUGAAGGAUGCCCAUGGUAUUGAGCCUAAAGAGGAGCACUAUUCCUGCAUUAUUGAUAUGUAUGGUCGAGCUGGGAGACUAGACGAAGCAGAGAAAUUCAUACAUGAGAUGCCCGUCAAGCCGAAUGCCUAUGGUUGGUGCUCCUUGCUUGGAGCUUGCCGGAUGAGAGGAAACAAGGAGCUGGGAGAGGUUGCAGCACAAAACAUAAUGGAGCUUGAGCCAGAUAACACGGGUGUCCAUGUGUCCCUUUCUGGGAUCUAUGCAUCGCUGGGCCAAUGGGAGGAUGUGAAGGCAAUCAGGAAGUUGAUGAGGGAUAGCAGGAUUAAGAAGUUGCCUGGAUUUAGCUGGGUCGAUGCUAACAACAAAACUCAUGUUUUUGCAUCCGAAGAUUGGUCACACCCACAGCAGGAAAAGAUAUAUAAAAAACUCGAGGAACUCUAUGAGAGGAUAAAAGAGGAAGGUUAUGUCCCGGACACACGGUUCUUGCCAUGUAAUUUGGAAGAUGCUGCAAAGGAGAGGAUUCUGCGUUAUCACAGUGAGCGGAUUGCCGUAGCUUUUGCUUUGAUAAGCAUGCCUGCUACAAAACCAAUCAUUGUGAAGAAGAAUUUGCGCAUCUGCGUAGACUGCCAUUCUGCACUCAAGUUCAUUGCUAAGGUAGAAAGCAGAGAUAUUAUUGUUAGAGAUAACUCCAGGUUCCACCAUUUUGGGAAAGGGGGGUGUUCCUGUGAAGAUUACUGGUGAUUAAAUCUUAUCUCUUCUUUUGCAUUAGAAAGGACAUUCUUGAAUUGCUGUGAUCUGCCCAAUUCACGGUGCUUCAAUUUUAUGUCACUAUAUUUGGAUACAAGCUCAUUGGUGCUGUGGUGCAUGCUAUUUAUUAACUGCCCGAUGGCAAACAGGCACAUGCUUGCCAAUGCUUCUACCUGUUCAUGCCAUGAAUGCA